CCGUUAGGUUCCGUCGUGACCACCAUGGGUCUCAAAAUGAUGGUCACGUUUUUAUUUCUUCUCGUGGGUCUGGCCUACGCGGAUCCCGGGGAGGUUACGCCAGACUUUGAAAUGAUCGGAUACAAUACAAAUAUUGAUGACCCAAAAUACAGGCUCUUGGACAUUGUGCAACCUAUUUAUUUCCAUGUCGACCUUGACGUAUAUCUGGCUGAAUCUAGAUUCAAUGGUAUUGUUCAAGUUGAUGUUCAGAUUCGUCGAAACCUCACACAAAUUGUAAUGCACCAAAAUGUAGUUGCCAUUACCGGUGUGAAUGUCGUAGACGCUAACAAUCGACCAGUCAAUCUCCAAUUCCCGAAUAGUUUCGAAACUGACAGUUACUAUGAGGUGUUGAAAAUUAAUUUUGCGUCCACCAUCAUGCCCGGUCAAUAUACGAUCACUAUCAGCUAUCUUGGUCGCAUAAAUGAAAAUCCUCAUGAUCGUGGUUUUUACAAAGGAUAUUAUUACGUUGGCAAUGAAAAACGCGAAUAUGCAACGACACAGUUCCAACCUUAUCACGCAAGAAAAGCUUUCCCAUGUUUUGACGAACCACAAUUUAAAUGUCCUUUCGUUAUUUCAAUAACUCGUGAUGCCAAUCUGUCACCUUCUUACUCUAAUAUGGCCAUCAACGCUACCCAACAGGUAUCAACAGGCCGUGUUCGUGAGACAUUCUUGCCAACUCCCGCUGUGUCCUCCUACCUCAUUGCUUUCCACGUCAGUGAUUUCGUUGCUACCAACGAAUCUUCCAAACCUAACAGACCUUUCCAAAUUAUCUCUCGUCAAGGUCCUCUCGAUCAACAUUCUUACGCUGCCGACAUUGGUAUGAAAAUUACUGAAGUGAUGGACGAAUAUUUCGAUAUUAACUACUAUGAUAUGGGACAAGGCCAACCCAUGAAAAACGAUCACAUCGCGUUGCCUGAUUUCCCAUCUGGUGCUAUGGAAAAUUGGGGAAUGGUCAACUACAGAGAGGCGUACUUACUCUAUCAUCAAAACCAUACUAAUGUUUUGGAUAAGAUUUUCAUUGCAACCAUCAUUGCUCACGAACUUGCUCACAAAUGGUUUGGUAACUUGGUGACAUGUUUCUGGUGGAGUAACCUUUGGCUGAACGAGUCAUUUGCCAGCUACUUUGAAUAUUUUGGUGCACACUAUGCUGAUACGUCUUUAGAAUUAGAUGAUCGUUUUAUUCUUAAUCGAGUACAGAGUGCUUUAAGUGCUGAUGCUAGUGCAGGUGCUACUCCUAUGAACUGGACAGAAGUAGCGAGUAAUCCAUCCGUCUCAGCGCAUUUCAGUACAACAAGUUAUGCUAAGGGUGCUUCGGUCUUAAGAACAUUGGAACAUUUCGUUGGUUAUGAAACAUUCCAGAAAGCCCUGAGAUAUUAUUUAAAAGAUAAUGCUUACGGUAUUGGAUAUCCCAUAGACAUGUACAACGCAUUCAGAAGGGCAUGUUCCGAGGAUCCUACCUUCCAAACAACUUACCCUAAUAUCGACAUUGGUGUGGUGUUUGACAACUGGGUACAGAACCCAGGUUCUCCAGUAUUAAAUGUGGAUGUCAACAUGUCCACAGGUCUCAUUACUAUUACUCAGGAACGCUUCCAACUUUCUGGUACAGUACCAGAUACAAUCUGGCAUAUACCGAUCACAUGGACACAUGGUGGAAGUCCAAAUUUUAACGAUCUUAAACCUAAGUUCGUAUUUACCAACAAGACUAUGACUAUUCAAAAGGAAGCUGGACACCAUUGGGUUGUGUUUAACCUUCAACAUUCUGGACUCUAUCGAGUUAACUAUGAUGACCACAGUUGGGAAAUGCUUGCAUCUCAAUUACGUCGUAACAGAACUGUUAUCCAUAAAUUAAACAGAGCUCAGAUGACAAACGAUGUCCUAUUUUUCCUCAGAGCAGGCAAAAUUAGCGUAAGGCGUGCGUUUGAUGUGCUCUCUUUCCUUAAAGAUGAAAGUGACUAUUAUGUGUGGAAUGGAGUUUUGUCACAACUAGACUGGGUUCGACGAAGGCUAGAACAUUUGCCUAGAGCUCAUGAGGAAUUCAAUACUUACCUUUUGGCGUUAUUAGAAGGGGCCAUUCAGGAAUUAGGAUUCGAAGAAAGAGCAAAUGAGGCAAUUUCCACUACACAAAGUAGGAUGCAGAUCAUGAACUACGCUUGUCAACUUGGUCACGAGGGCUGUAUCAACGAUAGUCUUGAAAAAUGGAGACGAUUCAGAAGUAGUAACAAUUACUUAGUACCAAAGAAUGCACGCCGUUACGUUUAUUGCACUGGUCUUCGUUAUGGUAAUGCUUCCGACUAUCAGUUCUUAUUCCAGAAAUAUAAUACUUCAGAAAACACCGCUGAUAUGGUUGUCAUGUUGCGCACUCUCGCUUGCACCAGAGAUAAUGCUUCGUUGUCACAUUACCUAGUUGAGUCGAUGCAAAAUGACAAAAUCAGGGUCCAUGACAAGACCAAUGCCUUCAGUUUCGCGCUUCAAGGCAAUCGGCAGAAUGUGCCAAUCGUUCUCGAUUUCUUAUACAGAAACUACGCAGAAAUGAGACAGUCAUAUGGCGGUCAAGCAAGACUUGAUGUUUGCGUAAGCGCUUUGGCGACUCACUUGACGAAUUUCGAACAUAUUGUAGCUUUCCAAGCAUGGCUGUACAGAGAACAAGUGGCUUUGAGUACAUCUUUCAAUUCUGGUGUCAACGUUAUUAAUUCUGCUUUGAACAACAUCAGAUGGGGAAACAAUGUCGCACCAGACCUAUUCACAACUAUUAGAAAUAGGAACGCUUCAGCGACAAUAUCCGUAUCUAUAGUUUUACUAGCAGUGGCAUUAGUUGCUCACCUAAUAUCUGAUGAGAGGGUGGUACCUAAUCAGACGAGCUUCCACGAAGCCCUACCAAAAAUGUCCUGGUUUUUCCUUUCAUUGGCCUUCUUGGUCUUAACCACGACCAAUGCUGAUAAUCCUUUAUGGAUAGAAGAAAUAGAAGAGCUUCCCGAAUUUUCGGCUCAGUUGGUUUCUAGAAGUGCCGACAAAGUUUAUCGCCUACCAGAGAAUGUUGUGCCUUUAGAAUAUGACAUUUAUAUUGAUCUUUAUUUCGCUGAGAGAACAGAUCGACCAUUUAGCUUCGAUGGAAGAGAAUUCAUUGUUAUUCAGGCAACAGAAGAAAACGUCACUAAUAUUGUCCUGCACUCCAAUGUCGAUAGUAUAAACUUUAUUAAUCUGUUUUCUGAUAAUGGAGAAACAGUAAACCUUAAUUUAAUUGAACCGUACACUUUGGAGCCGCAGUUUCAUUUUCUACGUAUCAAUUUACAACAAGCGAUGGAUCUUGGAAGAAAUUACACACUCUAUAUUGAUUAUAGCAAUUCAAUGAAUGAUGGACCAAUGAAAAGAGGUAUUUGGAAAGGGUGGUACACUGAUGACGAAGGCGUUGAAAGGAUAUAUGCAGCCACGCAUUUCCAGCCGUACAAUGCAAGACAAGCAUUCCCAUGCUGGGACGAGCCAUUAUUCAAAGCAGUAUUCAAGCUUCAUUUAUCGAAACCAUCGAGUUAUAUUGGGACCUACUCGAACACUGGUAUUGAAAACACAGAUACUCUAGAGAAUAAUAGGACCCGUGACAAUUUCCUUGAGAGUCCAAAAAUGUCCUCGUAUCUAGUCACGUUCUUAGUAAGCGAAUCAUUUAAAGUGAUCGCAAGUAACACAUCGUUUUCUCCAGCAAUAAGAAUCAUCGGUAGAUCGAAUACAGCAGGAUUAGGUGAUCAUGCUUUAGAUCUGACUGUUAAAAUGACUGAAUACUUUGACGAUUAUUUUAAAAUACCGUAUUCGUCGUUACAUCCAAAUCUUUUAAACGAUCAUAUUUCUUCACCGGACUGGGCAUCAGCAGGUACCGAAAAUUGGGGCAUGGUCAGCUACAGAGAAUUAUACCUAAUUAUCGACCCGAGGGAAACUAUUAUGUCAGUCGAACAUUAUGCUACUACUCUUGUUUCUCAUGAAUUAGCUCAUAAAUGGUUCGGCAAUUUGAUAACUUGUUUUUGGUGGAGUAACACUUGGAUUAAUGAGGGUUUCGCCAGCUAUUUCGGAUACAUUGCUGCACAUCAGAUGUUUCCCCAGUAUGACCUGCAUGAGCAUUUUAAUUCUCGUUACCUUCAAACCAGCUUAAACUUUGACUCCGGAGUUACAACUGUUCCACUAAACCAUGAUGUCAAUAGUCCAGCUCAAGUGACUGGACAUUUUGGAACUAUUAGUUAUUCUAAGGGAGCUGCAUUUCUGAGGAUGCUCGGUGAUAUGAUAACUCCUGGAACAUUCCAGAAAGCUUGCCAAUAUUUUUUGUUGAAUAAUCCUUAUGAAGCAACAGAUCAGUAUGAUUUAUAUGACGCAUUUGCAAAAGCAAUAGAUGAAGAUCGUACUUUGAAUGAGUACUCGAACUUUAAUUUUACUGAUUUUUAUCGCAUUUGGGUUAAUGAGGCAGGCUAUCCUCUUUUAACAGUAGAAGUUAACUACGUAACUGGUGAAAUGACAUUGACUCAAGAAAGGUUUUUCCUCAGUGCAUCAGCGGGAACCACGGAUCAAAUAUAUCCUAUACCUAUAACAUAUGCUAGUAAAGCGAAACCAGAUUUUACAAAUUUAAAAGCCAAUUACAUGCUGACUUCAAAACAUGCAGUAAUUCAAAAAGAAGCGGCCGAUGAAUGGGUUAUAUUCAAUAAUCAACAACAUGGACAUUACCGAGUUAACUACGAUGUCAAAACUUGGAAUUUAAUAUCAGAGGCUUUGUUGAACGAUCCGGAAUCUAUUCAUUACUUAAACCGAGCGCAAAUUGUUAAUGAUGUAUUCGCUUUAAUGAGAGCAAAUAAACUAACAUAUCGCUUCGGCUUUCAUAUUAUUAAAUUCCUACGCAAUGAAAUUAAUUAUCACGUUUGGAAUCCAGCAAUUAGUGGAUAUUCUUGGUUGAGGAAUAGACUGCGCCAUCUUCCCGAGAGUCAGGCGACCUUUGAUUCAUACCUCCUUAGCUACAUGGAUCACGUUAUCAAUACUCUUGGAUAUGAACCAGCUUCCAAUGAGUCGGUGACUAUAACCCUUACUCGACAAGAGGUCCUGCACUUUGCAUGCACUCUUGGUCACGAAGUAUGCAUUCAAAAUUCGAGGGAUAAAUUCAUUUCCAUGAGAGAUCAAGGCACUUGGGUCGAUCCUAGAAUCCGGCGCCAUGUCUAUAUUGCAGGAGUUAGACAAGGAGGAGAGCAAGAUUUUGAGUUCCUAUUAAACAGAUACAGGAAUUCUAACUUUGCUAAUGAUCAGUUGGAAAUAUUGAGGGCUCUUGGUGCUACCAGAGAUCCUCAGCUUUUGACGAGAUACUUGGAAUUUACAUUAGACAAAGCUGUGCGAUCGCAUGAUAAAGCUACAUCUUUCAACUACGCCUUGCUUGGUAACCCUGAAAAUGCACAUACUGUGUUGCAGUUCGUGAAAAACAACAUCAAUGCUAUCAGAGUAGCUUAUGUUGAAGACGCUCCUCCGAAUCCGGUACAUACUGCUCUUUCCAAUCUUGCAGCCUACUUGGAUGAAGCUGGUCUUGUUGAGUACGAAGAAUGGCUACGCAGUACACAGACUAACACGGCCCAGUUCAACAGUGCUAUAUCUGCUAUUUCAUCUGCGCGCAACAAUAUGGCUUGGGGUACAGCUAACGUCGACAUGAUUUUAAACGCAGCUAGAGAUAGCGCAACUAACGUUAUUAUGUCAACACUUUUAAUUUCAAUAAUGGCUGUAAUUGCUGUGUUUCUUUAAUAAAUGAAUCAAUUUAAUUUGUCAUCUUUAAAGUUUUGUGUUAAAUU